AUGAAGAAGUUCGGCUUCGGUAAGAAAGGCGGUGAUGAAGGCGACGAUGCCAACCGCUCUGCCCUCUUCGGCCGAAAGAACAAGUCUCCUGCUCCGGGCAACGACAAUCCCUACGCACAAGCUCCGGCUGGCGGCGAUCCCUAUGCCCAGGACGCGAACAAGUACGCCGGCAUGACACCCUAUCAACGAGCACGAGCCGGUGUGCCCAUCAAUGGCGAUGCCCCCGGCGGCCUACCUGGCGGCCCGAGGGCUGGUGGUGGCUACGGGAACGAAAAGUACGGAGCCGCAGGAGGAUACGGGGCGAAUCGCUACGACAACAAUCAGAACGCCUACGACUCGAAUCAGCGAUCAGGUGCUAAUGGCGGAGCUCGCGGACCCGGAGGUUACGGAGGCUUAGGCCGAACCAACAGUGACAGCACCGAUGCUGUGCGCGACGAGCUCUUCAGCGGGGCUCAAAACAGAUACCAGCAGGACAAGCCGCAGGCUGGAGGGUACGGUCAGUCGACCCCUUCUGGUGCUGAUGGGGGAUACGGCGGAUAUGGAGCCCCCCGUGAGCUCACAGCCGAAGAGCAAGAAGAGGAGGAAUAUCGCGCCACCAAGGAUCAAAUCAAGGAUGUCAGGAAUCAGUCUCUUCAGGCCACCCAAAGAAUGCGUCAAAAUGCGAGCAACAUUGAGGACGUAGCCAACGCAACACUCGCCCGGCUUGCUGCUCAAGGCGAGCGUCUGCAUAACACAGAGAGGAACAUGGACCUAGCGGCAAACCACAACAAGAAGGCGGAGGAUGGUGCCAAGGAGCUUAAAACCGCCAACGGAAGCAUGUUCGCAGUCCACAUCGCCAACCCAUUCACAUCGAAGAAGCGUGCGGCAGAACGCGAUGCGGCAAUUCUCGACCGACACCGCCAGGAGCGCGAGGUUCGUGAGACAACCAGACACGAGGCUUUCAAGUCCAAUCAGCGAAUGGAAGAUACCUUCAGGGAGAUGUCGCUGUCUGGUCGUCCUCAAAAGGAGGCGGAAAAGGCAACCAAGAAGGAUUUCACUUUACUCGAUAGCGAGGGCGAGGAGGAAGAAGAGAAAGAGAGGAUGAUUGACGAAAAUCUAAGAGCACUCAGCGGCACGACUGGGCGUUUAAAGUUGGGUGCCGAUGCUCUGGGAAGAGAGAUCGAUGAACAGAAUGUUCUCAUCAACAACAUCGCCAAAAAGAGCGAUGCUGUCGACGACGGAGUCAGAAUGAACCGAGAGCGUCUAAACCGCAUCAGGUGA